AUGAGCAAGGUGUUGAACCAAGUUUCCAGAUCACCCUUCACGCGUAGGAUUGAAAGGGUAAAACUUCCUCGGCGGUUCAACCAACCAACGUUCACCAUCUACAAUGGUCGAACAGAUCCUGUGGAGCAUGUGAACCAUUUCAACCAAAGAAUGGUUGUCCAUUCCAAGGACGAAACCUUGAUGUGCAAGGUGUUCCCUUCCAGUCUGGGACCCGUGGCAAUGAGAUGGUUCGAUGGCUUAAGGGCGGGUUCCAUUGGUUCAUUCAAGGAGCUCACCCAGGCAUUUGACUCUCGUUUUAUCACUUGUAGCAGGGUUCCUCGGCUCUUAGAUUCCCUACUGUCUUUGUUCAUGCGAGAAGGGGAGACCCUGAAAACGUACUUGAGCAGAUACUGGGAGAUGUACAAUGAGAUAGACGGUGAGUUUGAUGACAUGGCCAUCAGUACUUUUAAGGUUGGCCUCCCAACCAAGCACGGUUUAAGGAAGUCUUUAACAGGAAAGCCUGUCACCAGCUUGCGCCAACUUAUGGAUUGGAUUGACAAGUAUAAGAGGGUUGAGAAAGACCAGCAGCAGGGGAAAGGAAAGGAUAAGGUUAUCCUUCAGGAGAUGAAGGAUUUCAGGUCGGACCGAUACAACAACAACCGGUCUCGAAGAGACUUUGCUGGGCAGUCAGGGUCUGCCAAUACUCAGGCGAUUAACGCGGUGUUCCGGGAACCGGUGCAUCAAAUUCUUGAGAAGAUUAAGAAUGAGUCAUUCUUCAAAUGGCCAAAUAAGAUGGCAGGAAACCCCAUGAGGCGUAAUCAGAACCUUUAUUGCCAAUAUCACCAGGACCAGGGACAUACUACAGAAGACUGGAGGAUUGGUUCUUGCCCCUUCAGAGUGAUGUCUGUGGCUCGGCUGUUCGCCGAGGACACCGGUCCAAAGUCGAAGAUGGCUAAAGUGAACAUCCAGCCGGCAUUAAGCUUUUCAGAUAAGGAUAAGGUUGGAACCAUACAGCCCCACGAUGACGCUUUGGUGGUCACGCUCACGAUUGGGGGAUAUGAUGUGAAGAUGGUGAUGGUGGACCAAGGUAGUGGUGUUGAGAUUAUGUACCCUGACUUAUACAAGGGGUUAAAUUUGAGACCCGAGGACUUAACAGCCUAUGAUUCUCCUUUGGUGAGUUUUGAUGGGAAUGUUGUCAUUCCAAGGGGCCAGAUUAUACUACCCGUGUAG